UGUAGUAAAACCGAAUACCUGCCUAUUUAGGCAUUUGAAGAUAAACACAUUUCAUCUUUCUCUAGGCAAUUAGAUCUUGAAGUUUACGAAUAUGCCAGAACGACAAUAUAUGAGACUCAAGAGAUAUUUCGAUGCUGACCCACAGAGAAAAUUUCGCCUUGAAGGCCUUCAUGGUCGGGGCGGCCAAGGGUCUAUAUAUAAGGUCAAGUUUGUAGCGCCCGGUACUAAUAUCGAAUCUGCUCGGGCACUGGUGGUUAAAAUUGCAGAUCCAGAAAGGGGUUCGGACGUUGCAGGAUUAAGGAGAGAGAAAGAUAUUCUGAUGGUAUUAGAUGAACGUUCCUUGACCAUUAGAUGGAUUAACUGACUCAUUUCCCAUCGCUUGUAGAGGUUGAAGGGUUGCAGGCAC